GACAUCAAAUUUCGUUUGAAAAUACUGAAAUUUCAGCCCGUCUCAGAAAAAUCUUACCCAUACCUAAAGAUUCAUCAUCCACACCAGCUAAGGCAGAGACCAAUAUUGAUUAUGAUAAUGUAUAUUUUGAUGAAGAAUUUGAUGAUGAUGUGUAUUUUGAUGAAGAGGUAGAGCCAGGCCAAAGAAGUUCUUCAAACCAGGUGCUUUCACAUGAUGAAAGUAACCAUAGUCACAACAAUAAUUCUGAAGAAGAGAUGCCAGAUGAAUCGGAUAACGAUAGAUAUAAUGGGUGCAGUGGAUAUAAUGAAUAUGGUGAAUCUGAUAGAGCACAUAUUAAUAUGCGAUUGUCUAAAUAUUGGAAGCCUU